AUGACGCCUGAGAAGAAGGGAGAGAAGGACAUGUGGACGUGUAGAACAGUGCUUUACCGGGCCUUUGUCCUGUUUUCCCUCGGCCCGUGUCUCAACAUCUCCGGACUGCCCGAGGACUACAUUUUAACCGCGAAUAAUACCAUAACUACGGAACCGGACAUUGUAGAAGCCAAUCUCGUCAUCAGAGUUGGUAAGCAUCAUUAUAAGUCAGAUUUUAAUUUGGGCUAUCGCUUGGUCUGGAGGCGAUCGCCUGGAUGA